ACACUGUACUACACACUGUCUCUUUGGCCCCGCCCCCUGUUUUUUGACCAAUUACCUGUCUGUCCGUCUGUCUGCUGCUCUCGUCCAAUCAGAGGGCUGGAUUCGUUCGGCAGGGUGUGGGACCUUCGGACGGGACGCUGCGUUGUUUUCCUCGAGGGUCACCUGAAGGAGAUCUACAGCCUGCACUUCUCCCCCAACGGGUAUCACCUGGCCACAGGAAGUGGUGAUAACACCUGUAAGGUUUGGGAGCUGAGGAACAGGAAGUGUCUGUACACAGUCCCCGCCCACCAGAACCUGCUGUCUGCUGUCCGCUUCCAACCCACUGAUGGUCACUUCCUGUUGACCGGAGCGUACGACAACACUGCGAAGGUUUGGAGUCACCCAGGCUGGACGCCGCUGAAGACGCUCGCCGGACACGAGGGGAAGGUGAUGGGCGUCGACGUGUCGCCUGACGGGAAACUGAUCGCCACCUGCUCCUACGACCGCACCUUCAAACUCUGGCUGUCUGAGUGAUGUCAGCGUGAUGUCAACAAAAAUACAAAAAGUUUUUCUGUCGAAUGAAAAAAAUGUUUAGUUGUUGUUUUAAUGAAAUAAAAGUUUACAUUUUGGGA